AUCAAUAAAUUAUUUGUCACAUUUGACAUGGUGCGUGUAAAACACCACCUCGAAAGAAUUUUCUCAGUCUCUUGCUCGAAAUUCAUUUUUGCGGUUAUUAUCGCCAGUCUUUCAGGCUUCCAGCAUGGCUACCACACUGGCAUUGUCAACAUUCCUGCUGAAGUCUUGCAGGAAUGGAUCCGGGAUAUCGUCAUUAACCGAACGGGAGAACCCGCAAGCGACAAUUACAUCAUGGUGUUGUGGUCAACAAUCGUCGCAAUAUUCUCACUUGGGGGCAUAGUCGGGGGCGCUUUGACAAACCUCUUCGCUGAAAAAUUCGGCCGGAGGAAUAGUCUGUUAUGGAGCAACGUUUUAGCUCUUUUGGGGAUCGUCUUCCUAAUCUAUUCCAAAGUUUCCGAUUGUUACGAAUUGCUCAUUGUUGGGAGAUUUAUCGCCGGAGUGAAUGCCGGCUUAAAUUCCGGACUUUGCCAAAUCUAUUUGAUCGAAAUCGCUCCGGAUAAAAUCCGGGGCUUUGUCGGGGGGUUCUACCAACUGGUCAUUGCAACCUCCAUCUUGAUUUCGCAAGUGAUUGGAAUGAAAUUGGGAGAUGAGGAGCAAUGGCCUUUUAUGUUUCUGAUCGGUUUUAUACCAGUUUGUCUUCAGUUGUGUCUCUUACCGCUUUGCCCCGAGUCUCCUAAAUAUCUUUUGAUCACAAAAGGCGACAAAGAAGGGGCCGAAGCCGCCCUAGUUUGGUUCAGAGGCACUAAUAACGUUUACAAAGAAAUGUACAAACUCAAAGAAGAGGACAAUUUACACAAACAUGUGAACGACGUGAAUUUGAGUAAAUUGCUCUGUGAUAUCUCUUUAAGAAGCCGUUUAGCCGUCUCUUUAAUCCUAAAUAUUGGACAACAAUUAUGUGGAAUUAACGCUCUGAUUUACUUCUCUAAUGGGAUAUUCAGCGAUAUGGGAAUGUCAGAACGAGUGGCCACCUAUACGACCAUUGCCAUGGGUGUGGUGAAUGUUGUGGUAACCUUGCUUGGUAUUCUCUUCGUGGACUGCAUCGGUCGCCGAAUUGUCCUCCUAAUUGGUUUCCUGGGAAUGGGUUUAAGCACUUUACUUUUGGCCAUAGUUCUAAAUUUAGGAAAAAUUGCAAGUUUUAUGGAUUAUAUCGCAACAGUUUUGGUUUUCGCUUUCGUAAUCCUAUUCGCGAUGGGUGUUGGUACAAUACCAUGGUUUUUGACUGGUGAGAUUUUCAACCAUACCCCUCGUUCCUUCGCGGUUACUAUAACCGUCAGCAGUAAUUGGUUGUUUAAUUUCGUGGUGGCCCAAACCUUUUUGCCCUUACAGAGCGUUAUUGGAAACUACGCGUUUCUUGUCUUCGUCGUCUUCGACUGUCUCUUCUACUUCUUUACUGUUCUUCACCUCCCGGAAACAGCUCGUCGUUCCGCUAAAGAAAUUUUUGAAAUUUAUUACGAAUAA